CCUAAGCAGUCGCUUAUCAAUAUGCUUCAACAUUUUACACCAUAGUUUGGGCGAUUCUUAUGCCAUAAUUUUGGUGUCAAGAAAAGCAUAUAAAUUGCAAAACAAAGUAAACACAUAUGGUAAGAAUCACUUGUACUUUUCUUUUUAGAUAACAAUAAGAAACAAAAUAUGCUUUCUUUUCGUGAAGGAAAUGCUAUGAUAAGAGCUAAGAACAUUACUUGAUUUCUUUCGCAUAAUUGAAUUCCACACAUAACUAAAUUGUGAGAGAGUGACUAUACUUAAUCAAUUGAUGGAGCAAGCAUCUGAUCUUUUUCUUUGGCCAUGGUUUGCUUUUGUGUUGGACAAAUUAUUGGAAUCCAAUGAAGCUUUUUAUCUGUUUAUAUAUCAUCCCAACUUUAUUUUAUCUUCUUCACCUGGUUCCUAUAGUUCAUUGUUCUGAAUUUCUAUAAUAUAUAUAUAAACAACCACCCAGUUUAACCUAAACAUUAGUAAUUUCCUGUGCAUAUCAGCUGUCUAGGACUGCAGUUAUCUUUCAUUAUAAUCAGCUCAGCACCCAUUAUUACUCAUUUCUCUUCAAGUGCUCCAUCCGGUGCAGACUCUAAUCCCACCACCAGUCAAAUACACUUUGCUCCACCAGUCAAAUACAAACCAUAGGAUUUUCUCACCACUGUGCUAUUGUGGACACCUCCACCAUUUAAGGCAAAAAAAAAAAUGGAUUUUUGUACUGAACUGUCAAAAGGAGCUCUUUCGAAAUUUGGAGAACUGGGAGUGGAGUAUAUCUUGAAGCAAUUUAAAUAUAUGAUCCAACACAAAAAAAUCAUAGCCAAUUUGGAUAAAGAGCUCGAGACGUUAAAAGCUUUGAAACAAACUUUGCAAGGGUGGGUAGAUGUAGAAAGCAUGAAAGGAAACGAAAUUCCACCUAACAUGUCAAAAUGGCUCUCCAACGAGGCAGAAAUUGAGGCCGCAUUACAAAAUUUCUAUGAAAACGAAGUUAAGAAGCACAAGAAAUGCUUUUGGGGCCAAUGUACAGAUUUGACAUUUAAUUACUCACUAGGUAAGCAAGCCACUAAAAAAGCAGAAGAUAUUACAAGAUUGAAGGAGGAAGGAAACAAACUUCCACUUAUAUCCUAUCGUAAAGCUGCACCAGCACUUGGAUCCACCUUCACAGAAGAUUAUAAGAGUUUGGAGUCCAGAAACAAAAUUAUAAUAGGGUUCGUAGACAAGUUGAAGGAUGAUAAACUCAAUCGGAUAGGAAUUUGUGGGAUGGGUGGAGUGGGAAAAACCACACUUGUGAAAGAACUCAUCAAAACUGUAGAACACAAGUUAUUUGAUAAGGUUGUGAUGGCUGUAGUAUCCCAAAGUCCUGAUUAUGAGAAGAUCCAAAGACAAAUCGCUGAUGGUUUAGGUUUGGAGUUAAAGGGGCAGAGUGUAGUAGGAAGGGGCUGGGAAAUACUUCAGAGGUUGAAGGAAUUUGAAGAUAAGAAGGCUAAGGUGCUAAUAGUCUUAGAUGAUGUGUGGAAAGAGCUUAAUUUUGAGUGGAUAGGACUUUCUUCUCAAGACCAUCAGAACUGUAUAAAAAUACUAUUCACAUCACGAGAUGAAAAAGUGUGCCAAAAGAAUAGAAGCCAAGAGAAUGUACAUGUCUCUGUGUUGCUAGAGGAUGAAGCUUGGAGCCUAUUUCGAGAAAUGGCAGGAGAUGUUGUAAACAAACCUGACAUCAAUCCAAUAGCAAGAGAGGUUGCAAAGGAAUGUGGUGGCUUGCCUCUUGCAAUUGCGACAAUUGCAAGAGCACUUGACAAUGAAGAAAAGAUUGCAUGGGAGGUUGCCCUUCAACAACUGAGAGACUCUCAAUCAUCAUCCUUCUCAGACAUGCAGGAAUGUGUAUAUUCACGCAUUGAACUUAGCUUCAGUUUUUUGGGUAGUGUAGAACAUAAGUCUUGCCUUUUCCUUUGUGGAUUGUUUCCUGAGGACUUUGACAUUCCUAUUGAAAGUCUAGUGCGUCAUGGGGUGGGCUUGGGGUUGUUUAAGGCAGCUGAUAAUGUUAGGAAAGCAAGAAAUCAUAUAGAUUAUUUGGUCAAAAGUUUGAAAAAAUGUUUCUUAUUGCUUGACAGUGAUCGUCCAGCGUGUGUAAAGAUGCACGACGUUGUGGGUGACGUUGUCCUAAAAAUUCAUUUUAGAGAAGAACUUGGUAUUUUGGUGCAGAGCAAUACUGAAUUGAAUGAGGUGAAACAGAAACAAGAAAAAUGCCUUAGAUUGUCGCUUAUUUUGAAUGAGGAGAUCGAGUUAGAAAGUGACCUAGAAUGUCCAACACUAGAGAUUUUACAAGUUCAAUCACAAAGAAAAAAUAGAGAUAAGACAUUAUGGUCAGAGAACUUCAUCUGUGGAAUGACUAAACUCAAAGUUUUAUAUAUUCAAAAUGUGUGCAUUCCAAAGACACCAUCUCAUUUUCACGCCUCGGUCAAUCUUCACACAUUGCAACUAGAAGGAUGUGAUGUUGGAGAUAUAUCAAUAAUUGGUAAGGAGGUCAUGAAACUACAAAUCCUAAGCUUUGCCUACUCAAAUAUUGAAGAACUUCCGGCUGAAAUUGGAAACCUGAGAUUUCUCAAAUUAUUGGAUUUAACAGGAUGUGAUUAUCUUAAUUUUAUUUCUGCUAAUGUCUUUGCAAGGCUAUCACGGUUGGAAGAACUUUAUUUUGGGAUAAAAAAUUUCCCUUGGUUGCUAAACAAAGAAUUUCUCAAAGAGUUAAAAAAUCUUUCUCCACAGUUGAAGGUUCUUGAGAUCAAAGUAAGGAAAGUAGAAAUAUUUCCCAAUGAUCUUAUUUUCAAAAACCUUGAAAAGUUUUGGGUUUAUGUAGUAUCUUAUAAUCCUUAUAAUCGCCAUGGAUAUUUGGAUUCAAAUGUACUACAAAUAAGAGAUUUAGAUUACAACUCUUUUAAGAGUAGUAUGAUGACCAUGGAACUUGUCAAAAAAUGUGAAAUUCUCAUAUUAGAGAAUGUGAAGAACUUGAAAAAUGUCAUUUCUGAAUUAGAUGACCGUGGACUCCAAUGUGUGAAGGAUUUAAGGCUUCAUUCAUGCUUCGACCUUGAGUGUGUCAUAGAUUGCAAUAUUCCUUUGAUUCCUAAUCACCAUGAAACCGCAAAAACAGUGAUCAAAUUCUCAAAUUUAAAGAAAUUGGAGUUGAAGUUCCUCCCAAAGCUGAUUGGCUUCAGCAAUACACCAAUUCAUCAUGGUUUGAGUUCUACAACUAAAUUAAUUGAUUCAACAAACAUCAAGGAUCCAGCUGGUCAUAGACCCUCCUCAUCAAUUAAUGCCAUGUUGUUUUCAUUUAAUUGGAUGGAACAAUUCCCUGAAUUGGAAACAAUGUUGUUGCAAGGUUGUACUUCCAUAGAGAUGAUAUUUGACUUUGAAGGAUGUUAUCCGGAAUCUAGCGACAAUGAACUAAAUUUCUCAGUGUUUCCUCAGCUAAGAAAACUUGAGAUAUUACAUAUCAAUAAUCUGUUGUAUGUCUGGGGUAAUGUUCCAUGUUGCUUUCAAGGCUUUCAUAAUUUAAGAUUUCUAACAAUCUCAAACUGUGGCUCUUUAAAAUAUGUAUUUACUUCUGCCAUUGUUAGAGCAAUGAAAAAUCUUGAGAUUUUGGAUAUAAGCUGUUGUGAAAUGAUUGAGAACAUAGUGGUUUGGAGCAAGGAUGAUAAAGAGGAUGAAAAUGUGCCAACUAUUGGGUUUGGUAAACUAUAUCAUGUAUCACUUUCAAAACUUCCAAAGCUUGUGAAUAUUUGUUCAGAUUCUGUUGAGUUAGAAUGUCAAUCAUUGAGGGAAUUUAAGAUUAGCGGUUGUCCUAUGUUGGCGAUAUCUUUAUUAUCAUCCCAUAUCCAUGCAAAUCAAGACAAUCUCAAUGUUACAUCUCAAGAUGAUAAUCUUGGCAGUUUCAAAGUAAAUAACUCAAGCUCUUCUACUUCGGGACAUGUAGGUUGUACUUCUUUUCUGCCGAAAUUUAUUCGUCAAAGAACCACAAAUAAAAAAAUUAAUAAGGAAGCAUCAAUGACACAAGCACCAGAGGAUCAUAUACCUUCCAUUUUUGAAAUGAAGACAAAGAAAGUAAAAACCGAUAUGCCUGCUCUAGAAGAAAAAUUCAAUUUCUUAGUAUCACCACACUUGAAAACCAUCACAAUUGAAGAGUGUGACAAGUUAAAGACCAUUACGGUUGGAAGAGAAAAGAGAGAAGAAAUGAUGAACAUUUUUACUCAACUAGAGUCACUUCACUUGAUAUCGCUUCCAAAUCUUGAGAGUUUUAACUUGUCUGGAACAUAUGACUCCUUCGAUAAACAACAAGACAAGGAUGAAUGUGUGGGAGAUCACCAAAGGAUAAGAUGUCAUCCAUUUAUGGAUGAGCCCUUGUUUCCAAACUUAACUUCUUUGAUUGUACUAGCUUGCAACAAAAUUAGAAUAUUGUUCUCGCGUUCAUCAUUGGAUAGUGUAGAAAAUAAUAAGUGAAUACUGUUGUGUGUUAUUCCUCAGCUCAAGCUGGUUUAAAUAGGAAGAGUACAAACAUAAAAGGAAAUAAUAGAUAAGCUUAGAAUCUCCUAGAAAUAACAAACUAGGAAACUAAAUAUUUUCCAACACCCCCCCUCAAGUUGGUGCAUAGAUAUCUAUCAUGCCCAACUUGCCGAUCAAAUGCUCAAAGGUGGGUCUUGCCAAGCUUUUGGUCAAGAUAUCUGCAGUUUGCUGACUCGAAGUUACAAAAGGUAGACAUAUGAUUCCGGCAUCUAACUUCUCUUUUAUGAAAUGUCGAUCGAUCUCAAUAUGCUUGGUUCUGUCAUGUUGAACUGGGUUAUGAGCUAUGCUAAUAGCGGCUUUAGUGUCAGAGUAUAAUUUCAAUGGAAGCUCAAUUUUCAUCUUAAGCUCUUCUAGGACUCUGUGGAUCCAUAAUCCUUCACAAAUACCUUGAGCCAUAGCUCUAAACUCAGCUUCUGCACUACUUCUUGCUACAACUCCUUGUUUCUUGCUCCUCCAUGUCACAAGAUUACCCCAAACAUAGGUACAAUAUCCGGAGGUUGAUCUUCUGUCAGUGACUGAACCUGCCCAAUCAGCAUCGGUAAAGAUAGACACAUUUCUUUCAUUAGUCUUCUUAAAAAAUAAUCUCUUUCCAGGAUUUGCUUUCAAAUAUCGCAGUAUCCUAUAGACUGCCUCAAGAUGUUUCUCAAAAGGAGAAUGCAUAAACUGACUUACUACACUAACCGAGAAAGCAAUGUCAGGUCUAGUGUGUGACAAAUAAAUCAGUUUCCCAACC